AUAGGCAGUGUUGUGGGUUUAACAAGAAUUUUUUGCUGGGCAUGGGGAGAAUUUUGUAAAGAAUGAAUGAAAAAUUACGAUGGAAGUGGAAACGUGGAAGCCUAAGCAUCAACUUAGAUAGCGAUUUGCAGUAUAUUAGGAGCUCAAAUAUCUGUUUAGCGCGGACUUGUUCGCUGUUCUGAGGCGAAUCCUCAAAAAUUCACGCAAGGUUUUUCCUGACGUUCCUUGGUUAGGAUGAGAAAAAUGGCUGGUUUUCGAAUGCCGGCAUCUCCUCCACCUCCAGAUCUCUCGAAUUUGACCGAGGAGGAAAAGGAAAUCAUUCAGUCCGUGUUGGAACGGCAAAAACAAAUGGAAGAAGAAACAAACCAGUUGCAACUAUCCCUACAGAAGGAGGUGGAAAGUUAUCAACAUCGGGUCGAAAGAAAGACUGGUCAAGCACAAGUGGAUUCUGGUCCAAAGGAGGACAAUGUUUGCGAAAUUUGCCACAAGACUAAAUUUACUGAUGGUGCCGGAAAAGAGUGCAAAUAUUGUAAACUCAAAGUCUGCGCACGAUGCGGUGUUCAAGUUACUAUUCCUGGUACAAAACAGACUUCGCAAGGACAGGGGCUGUCUCUCUUUACCAACUUGAUACAAGACUUCAAGACUCUUGCGCUAGGUCCUGAGGUGUCAUGGGUGUGUCUUGUGUGUCAGAAGAAGCAAGAAAUGCUCACUAAAACUGGUAACUGGUUUGGACCUGCAAUAACUACCAAUGAAAAUAAACCAAGCAAUGACUCUGACUUAAAAUUAAGUGAGUUUAGAGCAAUUCCAACAGAAGAAGAUAAACGAGCUAUGAGGCGACAAGGUUCCUUACACAGAUCUGACUCUGGAAGGGGGAGUGGGAGACGAGCAAAAGGGAAGGAUAGUGAACGCAAUCGGUUUCGUAGGCCAUCAGUUUCUGACGAGGAGAUUGAUUCACUUCAUGAGACACCCCCUGGGAGCCCAGCUUACUUGAGCGACGAUGAGUUGUACAGACCAGAUGAAAAUAAAGUAAGACGAAAAGUUGUAAAAUUCAAGGGGCACGAAGAGCUAGAUCAUACUCCUCGUGGCCGUGCAGGUAGUGGAAUGCCAAACAUGCAGAGGGCCGGUCCCAUGAAUCAAGGACCAGGAAGAGGACUGGCAGUACCUGGUCAAGCUCAAGGAAUGAGAUCAGGACAACCUCAGCAACCCCAGGGACCAGGUGUCAGACCAGGUGGUCCUCCUGGUGGACCUCAUGGUAGGGGAAUACAUGGUCCAGGCUCUCAACCAGGAAUGCACCCGAACUUUCCACCUCAGCAACAGAAUUCAAGCUUUACUCCAGUUGGACAUCCAGGAAACUCUUCUGCUGCACGAGGAACUUUGCCAGCUACUCAGCAGCAGGUUCCCAGAGGAGCAAUUGCUCCAAAUCAACCCAGACCUGGUUUUGGGAUGAGAGGGCCUCAACAACAGCCAAGAUUUCCAGUACCCCAACAACAAGCUGCAGGUGGUUAUGGCAGAGCUGUACCACCAGGAAGCCAACCUGCUGCUCCCUUUCCAGGACAAGUUGAUGGAAAACCUGGUCAUGGAAGAGGGGUUCCACCUGGCCCCCAACCUGGCAACCAUCUGGGUCCACGGCCAGGAGGACCACCUGUUGUUGGCCAUCCGUCAAUGGACAAUAGGCCAAGACAACCAGGAAGUUUUCCUCCAAAUCAUGUUGGAGGCCCCCACCCAGGGCUAGCUAGCCCAAGACCUGGUGACCGCAUGGGACCCCAGCAGAGUCCAAGAACAGGUGCACCACCAGGAAUGACUCAGAUGGGGCCAAGGAUGACUGCCAGUGGGCAGUCCCGUCAUGGAAUGCCAGCUGGUCAACAGAGUGGCCAGCCUCAGCAUCCAGGUCAGUUAGGCCCACCAAGGCUAAAUUUGGGUCCUGAUCCAGCAAAAAUGCAAAUGCAGUCAGGGUCUCCAAGGCAAGGACCUCCACUGGAUCAACCUCCUAAGGGCCCAUCUGGCUCUCCUCUUAUGGGACCUGAUCAAAUGAGAGGUCCAAUGAGUUCACCAAGGCUAGGUACUCCGAGAAACCAUGUAGGGGUACCCCAGCCAGGUUCAAAUCCAGAGCAAGGAAGGGGAAAGGUAGAUGGCAUGCCUGAUCAAACAAGGGGGCGAUUGGGACCAUCUCCACAGGAGCAAAGACUAGAACAGCAACCAAGAGGACCCUAUGGAAAUCAACCACAGGGCUCUCCCUUGGACUCCUCAAGGGGCCAGUAUGGACCUUCACAACCAGGUCGUCCUGUAGACCAAGGAAAGCUAAGGGCUAGUUCUGUUGAUAAAGGUCCAAUGGUAGAUCAGUCAGGGAGGCAACAUUUGCCUGAUUCUAGAAAUGGAUUUAGUCCUGAGGCUCAGAAUGUUGGAAGUCAGAGAUUUCCGGAACAGCAUGCUCAAGGUGCACAGCAAAGGUCUGACAGCAGAAAUGUCCAUACACAUGAUAGCUCCAUGAUGAAUGGAAGAAUGGGACCCUCCUUCUCCAACAGACAGGAGAGAAUGGAGUCAAGACCUGUCACAGGUGAUUCUGAACAGCAUGGCAUGCUGGGCCAGUCACCAAGACCAACAGACAGACCUGGAUAUCGAGAAGGUGUCAGAUCAUUUGAUGAGGAGCCAGAUGGCAGAAGGAGCCCUCAGAGGAGAAUCUCACUUGAUGAGCCAAGAGACAAGAGUAACUUGUUCUUUAAAGAUGAGCCACCUUCAAUGCAGGAUCGAGAGUCUUUGGGUGACAGAUUUGUCAGUGCUCUUUCUAUUAAGAAAUCUACUCCUCCAUCCUCUUCCUUCUCCUCUUCUCCUUCCAUGCCUAUGGCGCCUUCUGCUGUUGUCAGUAACCUUGUCAGCUCUGUCAAGAAAUCUGAAAUAAUUCCUGCUGUUAAGACCAACACAGACCCCUCACAGACCUUUGUUAAGUGGUCUGCUCCUGAUGAAGAAAACAAGUGUUUAGGUGAAGUGCUGCUCACAAUAGACCCAAAAUACAAGGGCUCAUCAACUGAUCCGUAUGGUGCAUAUGGUCUAAAGGUGAUUGGAGGAAAGAUGACAGAAGAUGGGAAACUGGGAGCUUUUAUCACUGAGAUUAGAAAGGGAGGCCCAGCCGAGAGACAAGCCAAGCUUCAAAUAGGUGAUGAAAUUCAGGACUGGAAUGAACAGUCUUUAGUGGACUGUACGUUUGAGGAAGUGGUGGAAAUUAUCAACUCAUCCAUGGAAGACAAUCAAGAUAGCAACGAACUUCACCUCAUUGUGUGUAGAGAUAAGAGUAAAUUUCCAGCUAGGACCUCCCAGUCACCCGAUAAGUCACCAAGGGGGCAAGAACAAAAGAGGGAAUCUCCUAAGCAGGUCCCUACCAGAGAGUCCCCUGUGAAAAGAGACCGGAUGUCCCCCUCUUCAGCUCCCGUGUCACUUCAACAGGACAGAAAGCCACAGGACACCAGAAGGGAAGAGACCCCAGUCGUACCAACACAGAGGGAGAAUGGGCUUAUGUCAACUGGUAGAAGUCAGUCUUCUUCUUACGAACCACCCACAGAUGACGAUUUCUUCUUCGGAGGCGGUCCUUUACCGGAUGAAAAACCGAACAAGUCUGUCAAACAGACUGGUGCAGGACAAGCCCAAGGACAAGGACAAGGACAAGGACAAGGAAAAGGAUCCAGAGUUACAGGUCGUAUACAGUUAAAACUGUUUUAUGACGAGGAUGCUGCAAACUUGAAUGUAACAGUGGUAGGAGCUGAUGGCCUGGCUCCUAAGGAGACCACCACUCCACCUAACCCUUAUGUUAGGAUAUACUUUCUACCGGAUAAGAGCAUGCAGAGUAAAAGACGAACAAAGACAGCGAUGAAGUCUUUCAAUCCCAAAUGGAAUCAGACUUUUGUUUAUCCAUGCAGGCCGCAGAAGUUCAGUGGCCGUGCUCUCGAAGUAACCGUAUGGGAUUAUGAUAAAGUUGGUUCAAGCGAGUUUAUCGGGGAGGUUGUUUUGAGCAUGACAGAGGCAAACCUUGACGGUAAUGGGUACUGGUACCCACUCAAAAACCACGAAGACGACAAUGACCCUCUGGUGCCGCCCACUCCUAAUCAGUCCCCUCACAACUCAUUCAGAUUUAAGGGUGCGAGGGGAGCUGGUGAACCAGGAUCCGAUCAAGCUGGUCCGACCGGUUAUGGCAGUGAUUACGAGGAAGAGUCGAGGUAUACUCCAAACGGACCGGUAACUAGCUCCCAGCCUCCAUUCAACCCACCCGAGAAUGACCUGCUCAAGCAACAGUUGAUUGAUCAUCAUCGAGACAGUCCCAGACCUCCGUUCAGCCAACAACAGAUGGUACAAGCGUACACUGCCAAGCCAUACCAUACGUCUCCAAACCAUCCGUCCCAGUCUCCUCAGGCAGUCUCUAGCUACCCCCAUUAUGCUGCUGACCCCAACAGAGUGCCGGCGCAACAGACUAGACCAAUGCCUCACCAACAUGGACCUGGUCGCUUUCACGACGAUCGCAUGUCCCCGAGUAUGCAUGGUUAUACCUCCCCCGGAACGUAUUCCCCUGGUAGAAUGUCCCCUAGCGGAGGCCCCGGGGCUAAAAAGUCCCGCAUGUUGCCUCAAUUGCCUUCAGGACGCGAACCUAUGGACGAAGAAGAGCGGGCCCGAGCUGUUAAACAGAAAUUAAAAGAUGUGGACCCUGCAAGAGCUAAAUUAGUCGUUGGCGGCGCCAAAGGCCGGAUGGGAUAUGGUCAGGCCCCAGACUCCGUGUUUGCACAAAACGAGGGCAUGUAUGACCCGGGCAUGUCCCCGCGACCUGGGCGCCAGUCUCCGAGGCCCAUGGCCAGAACGGGGAGUCCGUCGUCCUUACCAGGUCAUAAGCAUUCUCUGGGGAUGCCCCCACAUCAUCAGGGGCUACACACUCCUCAAGACCGCAUGUAUUCACCUGACAUGCCACCGCAUGACCAUGGAGUACCGUAUGAAAGUCACAGACGACCCCAGGAUGGAAGGCGGCGCCGUAACAGUUUAAGCAACUUGCCAAACCUUGACUCAGAAAGCGAGAGGCCAAGAAGUCCAUUCCCGAUCCCGAGUCCAGUCCCUCUCGGUCACGGGAGAAGUCAGAGCAGCUCAAGCUUACACGAUAAAGAUCGCGGGCUCCCAAACGGCAAACUGCUGGCUCGUGAAGAAGCUCGUUCCGGCAGUCUUAAUAAUCUUCAUGUCUUCCCUACAGGCAGUUACAUCAAGCCAUCCCGCGGGACGGGACGUAGCGAGAGCUUUGGCGGAAGUGGGAGGAGCAGUCGGUCGUCAUCUAUCGCGAGUGACAGGAGCGGAAGCUUGAAUAGUAUACCAGGCUCGGUUACUAGUGUUGAGAGUAGUCCUUGGGUUCCGCCCGGAAUAAAACUUGGCAACGAGGGUCACCUGAAUGAUUUUAUCGAUGGCUUGGGUCCAGCGCAGAUUGUUGGGCGCCAAGUCCUCGCGUCGCCCUCCAUGGGAGACAUCCAACUGGCGCUUUACAACAGGCGAGGGGUGUUAGAAGUUGAGGUCAUCAGAGCCAAGGGAUUGCUACCGAAACCUGGCUCGAAAAUUCUACCAGCGCCUUAUGUCAAAGUGUACGUCAUGGACGGUAAACGCUGCCUAAUUAAAAAGAAAACCAGAACCGCAAGAAGAACUUUAGAACCUUUAUAUCAACAACAACUCGAGUUUAAGGUAGAAUUCACCGGAAAGACACUGCAGGUUAUUGUUUGGGGAGAUUACGGGCGCAUGGAUAGAAAAGUAUUCAUGGGUGUUGUACAAAUUUUACUCGACGAGUUAGACCUUAGUAACCUUGUCAUUAGUUGGUAUAAACUGUUUUCUACGUCGUCAAUGUGUGACCCACCCCUCCCAUCGCCUUCCUCCCCACUCGGUAGUGGGUCGCCAAAAAAGUCCCCAGGCCCGUCGCCAAGGGAUUCAAUGAAUCCAGGUGUACCCAGUCCUAUGCGCAUGACGUCACCGAUGCCCACUAUCAUCCCGCCACCAGGUCACGUGCACAAUAUGGACGAAGAGGGAGACUAUGUUUGAGUCGCACGCUUGUAGGACGUGGAUUCGGCUAAGAGUGGCGACGGUGGAAUUCUGGGAAUUUUGUUUGAGGUAAAAGUGGCGUUCGGUUUUGAAAAGGUCGUGGUUCAUGAAGAAAUAGACGAUGUGUUAAAUGCUUUUUACCACGAAAACGCUCUAUGUGCGAAAUAGACUGAAAAUCAGUUACAUUUGUAGUUACAUUACGAACAAUUUUAAAACUGAGUUGUACAAGAGACGUGACAAGCUGACGUCGCCCCAAGCCUUCAGUCGACUCAUCUCAGGGUGAAACUGACAACGAUCAUGUGACUAGUUAUUAUGUAAGUAACAAAGUUGAUUGGUGAACUUGUCCUUAAUUCCUCUCUUAAUCAAGAACAAACCAAAAAAGGAAAAUUGAACAACGUGCUUCUAAGAACCACGAACUAGGGUUUAAAGGAAAAAUAUCUUUGGAUAAAAAAUAUCGUUUAUCAUUGAACAAGCCGUUUUAAAAUGGUUCUUUGAAUUUACCUCUUGAUUGAAAAAAAAAAAAGAUCCGAAGCAAAUAUUUUUGAACUAUUAAGCAGAAGUCGUUUACUUUGACGUGGCUAUUUAUGGUUACUGCAACAUUUAAUGUGCCAUGAAGUGCCCGUUGAUCUCGUAGCUUAACUAUUUUGACCAAGCUGUGGGCCUUAAAGCUCACUGUGUUAUUUAAAGCUCUGUUUAAAUCUUUUAACUUCCCUGAUCUGGUUAGCAAUUCUCUGUACAAGCUGCUUAGUGUAUGUUUCCUUGAUAAAAGUGGAUGAGAAUGGAAUGUUGCCUGAAAGAUAACGCCCUUCAACUGUUGAGCAUGUUAAUUCCCAUCACCUGUUUCCUGGAUAAUGUGUAGCCAUUGUAUGGAGAAUCAAUUUUUCAAUCUUCUGAAAAUUAAAGAUUUGAUUCCUUAGCUCAGUGCUGUUUACAAAAUAGAUAUUUAUGAUUGUGCUAAUCAUGGGGAAUGCAGAAAUAUGUUAGGUAUAUGAAUUUAGGGUUUUAAAUGGUUUUUUUUUUUCUUUAUUGGUAAAUGUCUUAGUUUAUUGUCAGCAGCGCUUGCGUGGGGCGUCACUCAACUAUUCCUUGAUAAGAAACGCAGCGUGAUAAAACAGUUCAGUGUGCGCGGAGUUCUUGACGACCAAGCCCUUGCAGGGCUCAACCGUCACGCGACAACUGAAUCACCUCAGGGUUUGAACGUAGCGUGACAGCCUAAUGUUCACUGAAUCGAAACGGCGUGACGUAAGGGUAUUGCGUGACAAAUCAUUAGUAGUAAAAAGUAAAUAGGACAUUUCGUAAGAGAAGAUAACUGAAGAAAAGAUUAAUGUAAGUAAAAUAUAGAUUUUUAUUUAAGUAGCGUUGGGUUGUUUUGACCGAUAUAGUUAUGUAUUGAACAAGCAUCUCAUUUAAUUUCACGUUUCACUUUACCAAAGUCUGGUAGUGGAAAUAUGGACGAGAAUGAUUCUCAAUAGUCCUUUUCACAGUUGUGGGCUUGGUGGCCAAACCUUUGAACAGGAGUGAGGCUUAGGGUGACCUUGUUAUGAUAGAGAUG